GUGUAAUCAUUGUUUAUUUUUAUGAGAAAUACAUUUUCGAAGUUAUGAUCUUUUAAAGGUGAAAUCAUAGGGUGAAAUUAAUCAAAUAACCCAAGGAAUUAGGGCAUUAGGGGUUAUGUGCUUAUUUAUAAAGCUGAAGAUACAGUGAUUACAGAAGAUACUUAAAUGCAAUGAUGCAGAAUGCAGAUAUUUUUUAAUUAUAAAAUGUUUAUAAGAGUGCUAACCAGUAUUAUUUUUAUGAUUUUUCUGUGUACUAAUUUUAGCAGUCAAUUGGAAAGUAAAUCAGAAAUGGCUGAGAAACUUUAUAAAGAAUUGUUAAAAAGACAACGCAUCGAACAGUUAGCUGCAAUUAAGAGUUUUCAAAAAAUCAAGAAUUAUGAAAAACAAUAUCAGAUGAUAAAUCUUAUGGCUGAAAAAGUAUUUACCGUUAUUCAAGACAGUCGAGCUAUCAUUGAGUCUUCACCAUUUAUCCCUGGUGUAUCUGAAUUUCCUCUUGAAGAUAAAAUUCGCGAUGCCCUCUCAAAUAUUAUUGAAAACACUGCAUUGUUUUCCGAAAUAAUUCUUCGUUUUCCAGAUAUAUCUACUGCUGUUUUGAAAACUAAUAAUAAUUGGGAUAUUUUACUACAGUGGGGAAUUGGUUAUUGUUAUCAGGUCAGGUAUUUGUUGGAUGAUAAUACCAUAAAAGUAUUUGCACUAGUGAGCCAAGAACUAAAUCAUGUUCCAAGAGACUCAAAUUACAUCAAUCCUUAUCGGAAAAAGCAAAAAAUGAAAGAAGAGAAAGAAGAAGAAAUGAAGAAAGCCAAAAAGAAAAAGAAAAAACUGAAGAAGGGACCAAAAUUAUCUUUCCAUGAUGAAUUCUAAUUUGUUUGAAAGAAUUACGCUGAUUAAGUGCAGUAUUUAAAUGAGUAUUAUGUGAGCUGAUUUGUACCAGGCAGCUCAAAAUGGUUAUGUUCCUUAUUAAACUUAAAAAUGUAUUUAUUAAAAGACAAAUAAAAAGUUAUGUUAA